AUGGACUCAUCAACCACCUCGGCUCUCCCAGGUAAUCGCCUGAUUGCCUACAUCCAAUCCUUGGCUAAAGCCAAAAAGGGAUUGCCGUAUGGACUGCCCGUUUGCGUUGCACCAUCUCACACUGUCAACAGCACGGACGCUCUUCUCCGCUUAGCAUCGCUUAUCGGCCCAUAUAUCACUAUCUUGCAGGUUCAAGCGGACAUUAUCGAUGACUGGUCCGAGGAUACUAUCCGCCAAUUGACUUUGCUGGCCAAAAAAUAUGCAUUCUUGAUCUGGGAAGGCGGUCGAAUUCUGAAUGCCACUAUUGGGGUCGUUGGUCGACAGAGAGCAGAGUCGAGAGAAGUGAGGAAUACGUUGGUUGACCUGAUCCGCAAGAAAUACACCAAGGGUGUGGUGAAACCCGCCUCCUGGGCGAAUAUUUCAACUGCCUGGGCCUCUGGGGUAGCAGUCAAUAACCAAGCUGCGGACAUAUUGAUCCCGACUCUGAAGGCUGCUGCCAGAGAGGCCGUCGCUGAUGCUGUCCAGACUAUUAGGACAGAAAUCACCGCGGUCAUCGACUCGAACCGUCCAUUUAGUCCACACGACUCUUUCGGAGCUCAAACAAAUGGUGAAACCAGCCAUCAACGUCAGCCAUCACAUUAUGCGAUAGGGGAAGGCGAACAUAAUAGCUUGGCGCUCCCCCCACGGAAAGCAUCCACUAUCUCUCUCACUCGAACGAUAACUCAGCACACUGAGGAGUCGACUGAUGCGCUGAUGGGAACCGAGUCCUAUGAGCCCGAGGACGUCUGGGACUUUGGAGUGGCACCACCACCCACAAUCGACACCGACCUUCCUCCACCACCGCUCCUCGCCCGUGGGAUUCUUCUCUGCCUUCCCUCCGCUACGGACUCCGCAUUCACUCCUGAAUACCGCAAAAGCACCAUGGCUGCGGCAUACGCCAAUCAAGACUUCGUACUUGGAUUCAUCUGCGGUGAACCAUGGCAUCUGGUCUCCCAACGAGACGAUCAAAUACUAGGUUUCGAUGCACUGAUGGAUACUUUAACACCAACCGAGCAAGACCAACUCUCUCACGACAUGGAUGGAAUAGAAGAUACACCAUCUCACCCUCUAGCAUUAUUGUCAAUAAUCCCGCAUACGCUAAGCUCGGCAAAUGACCAGCAGCUGGGCGAUACAACACCGACAACAUUCGAAACACCAGAGAUACCCACAGAUUCUCUAAACCCACUGGCUCACAGAUUGUAUUCACUUGUGGGAGAAAGCGUCAGGGCCCGGGAUGCUUGCACUAGCCAGAGGGAGAAAUCUACACGGAAACAAGCGACGAAGAGGAGUUAUCGUCGUCCCGAUCUCCUGCAUAUUCCCCUUGUGUACUUGCCUUGA